AUGCAUUCAUUGCUUUUUCGGAAGCAGAAAGAAGCCGGCGUUGGGAUUGAUCUGUGUCAGAACUCGUUGCCCCACGCUGCGAGGAUGUUCAGCUGUGUCGGAUGCUUUUGGGUUCUCCUUUCCGCUGCCUUGGUCGCGAUAUGCAGCUUCAGUUUUAUCUCUCCCGCAUGGAUUGUGAAAGACCACAUGAGAAAUAAGGAUUCAGUCAGUUUUGGCUUACUGUGGCACUGCUCCGAAUCACUGGACCACAUGUAUAGAUGUUACACGUUUGGCGGGCUGGGGAAAUUUGCAGAGAUUCCCUCAAGCUCCUGGCAGACGAGUGCAGUGCUGUGUUCUGGAGGCUGUGCUCUGCUGGCGGUCAGUUCCCUGUUGGCCAUCAUCACUAUCUUUCUCCCCAGUGGAGGCUGUGAGAGAAGAGUCUGCACUUUGGCAGGGUACAUGCAAAUGGCUUCAGUGUUCAUCAUGGCCUCUGGUCUGCUGGUGUAUCCGUUUGGUCUAAACUCCAGCCUGGUCAAGUCUUUCUGCGGAGAUUCGGAUAUCUACUACGCCGGAGAGUGUCAGAUCGGCUGGGGUUACAUGCUGGCCAUUGUCGGGGUGAUGCUCACUCUCUUUCUCCCUUUCUUCGCCAAGUACGCCCCCAAGGAACAGCUGUCCCCAACUCCUCUGCCUACUAUUUUGUAG